UUUGACAACACAAGUGCAGUUCACGUCGGGAUAUUGGCAGAUUCACCUUGAAUAUCCCGACAAUUUCUACGUUUUUAUGUUGAAUUGAAGUUAUUUGUGAGUAAAGAAUUAGUUCAUUGUUAGUGGUAGUAUACCAACAGUAUGUCUACUCCGGCUAGGAGACGUUUAAUGAGAGACUUCAGAAAAUUACAAGAAGACCCUCCGGCGGGUGUCAGUGGAGCUCCCUCAGAAAAUAAUAUCAUGUUAUGGAAUGCUGUCAUAUUUGGGCCAGCAGAAACACCCUUCGAAGAUGGUACUUUUAAGUUGACGAUUGAAUUCACAGAAGAAUACCCCAAUAAACCUCCAACAGUCAGAUUUGUGUCAAGGAUGUUUCAUCCAAAUGUAUAUGCCGAUGGUGGAAUCUGUCUGGAUAUUCUACAGAAUCGCUGGAGUCCUACAUAUGAUGUGUCUGCAAUAUUAACCUCUAUACAGUCGUUACUCGACGAGCCCAACCCUAAUAGUCCCGCAAACAGCCUGGCAGCUCAACUCUAUCAAGAAAACAGACGAGAAUAUGAGAAGAAAGUCUCGGCGAUAGUUGAACAAAGCUGGUUAAACGACCUUUGACCCGUCUCAUAAUCAUCCCCAUAAAAGUAUAAGAGAUUGGUCUCCAACUCGCCCGCCUCGCUCCUUAGACCACUUCAUUAACCCUGUCCUGAAAGUCAGCACAUCUUCCUUUACACAAGGAGUAAAAAAGACAUUCUUAGUAUCAUCAAGAGAAUGUCUUAGUCUCAUCAAAAAGGAGAAACGGCCUCUUUCUUAUUGAUGCACUAGGGUUAGACCCUAGUCACCAUAAUGGUGAGAAUCAAUAUUUUCUACGGUACACAUGUCGGAGGUCAGUCAGUGGUUGAACAAGGAGGGCGCUAGUCACUUACUAUCCAAGGGGGUACUUUUGAUGUAUGGUCCUCGUUUUUCAAAAAGAACUGUUUUAUUAUGUAUUAUAUAAACCCUUGUGUUUUAUUUAUGUGUGGGAGUUUAUCACCGUGUAGUAUUGAAACAGUGCGCGUUGAUAGUGCGCAAGAUUUAGUUGCAGAGAAUAAUGUGCACAUCCACAGAUACUUUAAAAAAAAAAAAAGCAUAUUGGAGAAAUUUUUUUUAAGGCAAUGGUUUUUUGUUUCCUUAUUUAAUUUAUAAUAUUUGAAAUGGCAAAAAAUCAUCAAAGUUUAGUGGUUAUACCUUUGGUUUUUGUCUUAGUUUAAUAUGUACAUGUAUCACUGAAAAUCUGGAGUGGUUUAUGUCCAUGCGGGAAGAAGAAUCAGUUUCUGGAAUACUGAGAAUGGAAGGGAAUUGUUUCUCAAUAAAGUUGUACAUUAUGAAUA